GCUAAGUUGAAUAACUUUAUAUAGUUCAGUUAACAUAUAUGAGUAUAUUGUGGUAUUUACAAUUUACGUUUUCAACGAACCAUUCAUUACAUAGUGAAAAAAUAUAAGCUUAUUUUACUUAAUUUAUUUUUUUCUUAUUUUCCCUAUAUUUGUAACCUUAUAAAAUGAAGCUCAAUUCCAAGUAGCAGAGGCCUUAAAGCUGAGAGUUGAAGAAAUCUUUAUAUAAGAUUCAGACUCAGAAGAUGCUAAAGGAACAUACUUCAGGCCCACAUUUUGAAACAGGAUCAGAAAACUUUGGUACGCAUUGGUUAUUGAAGGAAACAGAUGAGCCUGAAAAUAUUAAGCCAUACAUAUGUAGAGAAUGCAGUUUUUGUACAGAUAAUGAAAUGGAAUUAAAUAAACAUAUGAAAUCUCGACAUAAAGGAAGAAAGGUCUACAGUUGUGAGUUAUGUAUUUACACAGCGUCUAACUCUGGAAACUUAAAUUAUCAUGUUCUUUCAAAGCAUACAGGUGAAAGACCUUAUAAAUGUGACUAUUGUGAACAUCGUGCUCGCAGUUCAUCCUAUUUGAAAAUACAUGUUAGAUCAAAACAUACUGGAGAAAAACCUUAUAAAUGCAAUUAUUGCGAAUUCGGAACAGCCCAUCCAAAUGUAUUAAAAACCCAUAUAGCUGCCAAGCAUACAGGAGACAAAAGAUAUAAAUGCCCUCAGUGUGAUUAUUGUGCAUUGCACUCAGGCAAUUUGAACUACCAUAUUUCCUCAAAACACUCUGAAGAGAAACCUUUCAAGUGUCAAUUCUGCAGUUAUACUGCAGGACAUUCAAGCAAUCUGAAACUUCAUAUGGAAUCUAAGCACUUAGCUGAAAAACCUCACAAAUGUCCUCAUUGUGUAUACACUACUGCUCAUCCUGGAAAUUUCAAAGUUCACAUUGCAGCUAAUCAUAGUGAUGACAAGCGUUUUAAGUGUAAAGCAUGUGAUUAUAGCACAGCUCAAGCUGGAAACCUUAAAUCUCAUAUGCUUUGCAAUCAUGCUAAUGAAAGGCCUUUUAAAUGUGAAUUGUGUCCUGCUGAGUUUAUACAACCUGGACGUCUUAAAGCACAUAUUACUUCAAGGCAUACAGAGUUCAAACCAUAUGCCUGUGAAUUAUGUGACUACAAAUGUGCACAGCAACCAGCAUUAACAAGGCAUAUGAAGAGGAAACAUCCUACAGCUGUUAUUAAUAAACCAAAACCUGUUGUUAGCCAACCUAAUUAGUUUAAAUAUAUUCCUUUGUUGGUAUUUAUUUAUUUACUUUUAUUUGUGUGUUAGUUUUUGAGUUUCUAAAAACUUAUAUACGUUUGAAUGUGGCUGCGCUUGUAUGUGUGAUGAAGAAUUUAUCUUUGACUACUAUUUACUCAAAGAAUUAGUAGUCGAUAAUGGGAAUACUAAUUUUAAUUGUUCAAAUAAAUAUGUUUGAAAAUAUUGUUUUGUUAAUGUUUG